AUGGAUAGAAAAAUAAGUGUAGAUCGUUUUGUGUGGGCUAAAUUAAUAGGUUAUCCUCCUUGGCCAUCAAUUGUUCUUGAACCUGAAUUUGAAGUACCGGAAAAGCCACUUAAUGACCCUGGGAAAGAGUACUGUUGGGUAUAUUUUUUUGGAUCACAUGACUAUUCCUGGAUAGAAGAGCGCCAUAUCAAACCAUAUGAACAAUAUAAAGAUAAAUAUAUACCACUGUAUAAGCAAAGUUUGUUUGUGGGAGCCGUUCAAGAAUUGGAAGAACAACUUGAGAAGGUGAAAAACGAUCCAAACUAUGUAGUUGAGAGAAAAAAAAAAUUCAAAGUUCAACAAAGAGGUGUCAAGAGGGAUGGUAGAAAUCUAGCUAGAAAUAAAAAAAGGCCAAAAUUCAAAACUGUCGACAUAAACAAUGAAUCCCUGUAUAAAUCUGAAGAAAACAUCAUGAGAUCACCGUCCGACAAAAUUUUUGGUGUAAUAGGCACAGGCAUCAUAGGUAGUGCACUAACAAGGCACCUUGUGAACUCGGGUCAUACUGUAAAUAUAUGGAACAGAAGUACAAAAAAAAGUGAUGAAUUACUCUCAGAGUUAGGGCAUUUUAAAAAACUGAAAAGCCAUCUCAGCCCACGUGCCAUCCUUAAAAACUCUGAUAUAGUAUUCAUUUGCGUUUCAAAUCACCUGGACGCUAAGAGAAUUGUAGAAAAUAAUUUUGGAAUUAAUAGCCCCUCUGAUAAUAUAGCGAAAGAUAAAGGUGUAGUAGUGAUGACUAAUAUCGAUCCAGAGUCAUCUAGAAACAUUGGUGAAAUGGUUGAAAACAAAGGAGGCAGCUAUCUUGAAGCUCAACUUCAACGUAGUACAUUGGAAUCAGUGGAAAAAAGCUUUUUCGUUAUAGCAGCUGGAUGCCGAGAUCUGUUUGAUGCUUGCCACCCUUGUUUUUAUGCACUAGGAGGCGCCAAUAGUUCCUUCUUCGGAGAUGUUGGGAAUGCCGCCAGGAUCAACAUUAUUAUUCAAAUCAUGAAGGGUAUAUGUCUUGGAGCCUUAACAGAGGGUUUAGCAUUGGCCGAAAGGUGUGGCUUACCUCAAGAUAAAUUUUUGGAUAUUUUCAAUCUCACCGGACUCUCAAGCACUUAUCUAAAAGGAAAAGGAAACAUUAUUGUGAGUAAAGAUUUUUGUUGCAAUGGGGAUCAAUCACUGAAGCAUAUGCAGAAAGACCUGAAAAUGGGUCUUGAACUCUCAAAUAAAGUUCAACACCCCAUGUUGCUGACAUCUAUAGCAAAUCAGAUUUUCAAACACUGUUGUAAACUGGAUUAUGGGAGUCAUGAUGCUGCUGCAAUUUACUUGAGGAAUAAGCACUGA